GGCAGCGGCGGAAGCAGCGUGAUUCAGCGCAUGCUUUAGGGAUAGGAGGUGACCUUACUUCAACAAUUCAAACAGUGGGGCUUGAAUUAAGUGGGGACAUUAUUAAGGUUUUAGAAAUGAUUUUCAAGUCUUCUUAGGAAAAUGUUUAUAUAGAUGUCUUUGUAGUUGUAACAGCUGUUUAGUUAGUGAUUAUAAAAUCAGUUAAUCCGGGAUUAAGAAUGGCAGAAGCACAGCAGGCUCGAGUGCAGAAAGCUGUGGAAGAUAUGGUUCAAAGUCUGGAAAGAGAUCACAUCCGUAAGAUGCAGGGCCGCAUGUUUCGCUGCAGCGCAGAAUGCUGCGAGACUCCAGGUGCCUCCAUGAACCAAGUACACCAGUGUAUAGACCGCUGUCACACACCAUUGGGUAAAGCUCAAGGACUGGUCACUAGUGAACUUGAACAAUUUCAGGAUCGUCUUACAAGGUGUACAAUGCACUGUAGCGACAAGGCCAAGGACUUGUUUGACUCGGGUGCGAAAGAGCCUGCCGUGCGGGCACUGAUGGACAGUUGUGUCAAGAGCUGUGUGGAUGACCACUUGAACCUGUUGCCCAGUAUGACCCGCAAACUGAAGGACACCUUAAACUCCAUACCUCAGUGAAGAAACAAGCUGCCAUACUGUUUGAUUAUGGCUAAACUAAAUGGUUGAAAUGGACUUUUGUCUUUACUAAAUGAAAGCGCUUGAUCUUGAAAAGGUUACCACUGGCUGUCACCUUAUUGUGUGUGAGUGGUGAAUGACACGUGUUUGUUUCUG